UUUUGUGAACAUCCUUGAGAAAUAAUGUUCUGUCUUCAUGGACAAUGUAUUAUCAUACUCCAUUUUAAUAUGUUUUAAAUGAUUAAACAUUUCUUGCUGAUGAAUUGGUAAAGCCUAGUGGUUUGAAGGAUAGUUGCAAAGUGUGAAUAAUUAAAUGACAAUUAGUUUAUUUAGGCUGCACUGUGAUGCUUAAAUAGAGUAUUUUAAUAUGUCGACAAAUGAUUCUUAUUCUGAAUAGUCAUGAAUUUUUAUUUUUACUAUUGUUAUGCUGAGCAACACCGUGGCUCAGUGGCUAGCACAAUUGCCUCACAUCAAGAAGGUCGCUGGUUCGAGUCUCGGCUGGGUCAGUUGGCAUUUCUGUGUGGACUUUGCAAGUUCUCCCUGUGUUGCUGUGGGUUUCCUCCGGGUGCUCCGGUUUCCCCCACAGUCCAGACAUGCGCUAUAGGCACAGGCAAAGGAGGAACCAGUAUUUGGGGAAGAAAGUUUGAAGAUGAAUUCAGUGAACAUUUGAAACACAAUGUCCGCGGUGUAGUGGCCAUGGCAAAUAAUGGACCAAACACAAAUGCAUCACAGUUCUUCUUCACAUAUGCAAAACAGCCUCAUCUGGACAUGAAGUACACCGUUUUUGGAAAAAUUAUAGAUGGACUCGAAACUCUGGAUGAAGUAGAGAAACUUCCUGUUAAUGAAAAGACUUUCCGUCCACUUAAUGAUGUCCGAAUUAAGGACGUCACGAUCCAUGCAAACCCUUUUGCCGGUUGAUUGAUUGAAAUACUCGUAAUGCCUUGUGUUGUAAAUAUAAAUAAAUGUUUUGUACUUUU